GACGCGCUGACUUCUGGCUGGUUUCUGGGCUAGUGAGCUCGUUGUAGAGUUUAGGGUCCGAGAGCUUGUAGACCCCAAGUCUCGGAGGGAAGAUUAGCAUUGUAGACAUGUGAUUGUCCGCGGCGGCUGCUGUGGAGGCUGUGGUAGUGGUGGUGGCGGCGCUGGGGCUGGGGCUGCCCAGAAAUAGCAGCAGCUGGUUUCCGCUCCCUGGUUGGCUAAGAGAGAAAGACAGAGACAGAGAGAGAGAAAGGGAGAGAGCCCGACCAGUAGAGAGGAGCCGGCGGCGGCGGCUGCGUUGGUUGCGCGGGACACCCGAGAGACUCCUCCCGGAGAAUGCAAGCCCCCUGCCCUGCCCCAGCCCCAAGCAGAUGAUGGCGAUACGCGAGCUGAAAGUGUGUCUUCUCGGGGAUACUGGGGUUGGAAAGUCAAGCAUCGUUUGCCGAUUUGUGCAGGAUCACUUUGACCAUAACAUCAGCCCUACCAUUGGUGCCUCUUUCAUGACUAAAACUGUGCCUUGUGGAAAUGAGCUUCAUAAGUUCCUCAUCUGGGAUACAGCUGGUCAGGAACGUUUCCAUUCAUUGGCACCCAUGUACUAUCGGGGAUCUGCGGCAGCUGUUAUAGUGUAUGAUAUCACUAAACAGGAUUCUUUUAAUACUUUGAAGAAAUGGGUGAAAGAAUUAAAAGAACAUGGUCCAGAAAACAUUGUAAUGGCCAUCGCUGGAAACAAAUGUGAUCUCUCGGAUAUUAGGGAGGUUCCUAUGAAGGAUGCGAAGGAAUAUGCUGAAUCCAUAGGUGCGGUUGUAGUCGAAACCAGUGCAAAAUGUGCUAUUAACAUUGAGGAACUCUUUCAAGGAAUCAGUCGCCAGAUCCCACCCUUGGAUCCCCAUGAAAAUGGGAACAAUGGAGCAAUCAAGCUUGGGAAGCAAACACCACAAGCAAGCAGGCGAUGUUGCUGACCCCAUAUGAUAACAUCUGAUGUACUUGAAGAACUCAAAUCCCAUUUUCUUGUGCACUGACUGAAGGACUUCCCACUCUUGGUGACUUAGUGCCUUGUUUAAAAAAAAAAUCCCAGCUCUACAUUAUGAGAAAUAUGUAGGCAUCACAGCCAGAAAGUUUCCCUGGGAAAGGAUUUUGCAGAAAUUCUUGAAAAAUCCUUAGUCAUACUAUUUAUAUUGAUGGAUUAGAUUAUACCAAAUUCAUCUUGCCCCUCCUCCCUCCCUUUCUCUCUUACUCUUACAACAGUGGUUUUUACUGAGUGGGUGAAGGAAGGGAGUGGGUGGAUGACAAGUAUAUAUUGAGUUCUCUGUUAAACCCUCCCGAUACUUAAGUUUUGUAAGAAAGAGGAUGUAUUCUUGUUGACUUAGUUUAUGUGGGGGAUUCUGGGUUGGGUCCUUCCUCUCUGACUUCUCAGUUGGCCUGGUCACACUGCAGGAAUCUUUUUAGUGCCAUUGACUUUGUGGAUGACUUAAUCAGUCACCAGUGAAAGUUAGCUAGUGAGGAAAUAACUUGUUAUUUGGUUUUUUAGAACUGAGCCUGUUUUUUUAUUUUUAAAUUUUAGAUCUGCUCUAAAAAUUUUUUUUAAAGGAAAGAAAUAGAAUUUCGCCCAUACUUCCCACAUCUUCUGUAGAGAACAGAGGAGUAUUAUCCAACUAUUCCCCAAAUUACCGGUCUGAACAAUUCACUGAAAAAAAGAAGGGAAGAUUUAUUUGAACGAAAGAGAAGGAAAGGGGACGGAAGGAACAAAAGAAAGAAGGAAGAAAAGAAACAGAAAUCCCUGCUUUUUUCCUUCGGUGUUUAGCAUUGCACACAUUUUGAGUUUCGGGUACAUGUAAAGUGACAAGCCUGAGAAAAUUGCUGCAAAUAACUUGGAGGUUAAGAAGGCCUCAUUUCUGAAAAAGAGACAGAAGGCAUUUCUAUGUAAGAAUGCAUAUCAGCAGACUAAGGUAGAAUAGAGACAUUUUAGACAUUUUUUUAAAAAGUACUACCUACUGCAUGUUGUCUUGAUGGGCAAGGAACUCAAUGCACAGAGUAUUUCCUUGCUAAUAGAAUCUGUCAUGAUUUCUUAAUCAAGGUUGAAAAUUGAAGUAAAAGAAUCUGCAGAUUAAAACUAUAGGACAAGCUUCUGAUGGGGGGAGAUUGGUUAGAUUAUUGAGCGAUUAGCCAGAGUGAGUGGCAGAGGCCUUAGGCUUUUAGACACUUUAAAACUACUAGACAGAAAAAGGCAUUAAAAAAAAUAUAUCCUGUGGACUACACUCUGUCAAUGCAAUACUCCCAUCCUAUUUGCACAAAGGGUAGGCCUUGGUCUGGCCUUCCUGAUCCAGAUUCCUUGGCUUCUUCUGUAACAUAAAAGGAUUUGAAUAUCUUUUGUCUGGAUCCAGUGGAGGGAAGAAGUUAAGUCUGAGAAGGGUAAGGAGAAAAGGUAGUUUUCCCCUAAGUCCAAAUCUUUUUUACAUUCCAGGUUUCUUACCAGUCUAGGAUCAAAUAGUGGUUGACCUCUCACUGAGGCUCAGAUUGGAACAGGACUUUUAGAACCUCUCAGGUACAGUACCCGUGGUAGGAGAUAGUGGUUAAAGUUGGAUCAGACCUUAGAGAUCGUUGAGACAAACAUCCCUCAUUUUUUGGGUGAGGAAAAUGAGAUCAAAUUAAGUAAUUCACCCAAGGUCACAUACCUAGUAAAUAGGAGAGGUGGGCUUUGAAUGUAAGCCUUUUAAACCUUUAAAUCCAGCUGUCUUUUUACCAUACUGUGGGAAGAAAUCCUACUCUCCCCAAAAUAUUUAGUCAGGCACCAUGAAGUCAAGGGAAACUUGAUCUCGUUUUGACCCUUCCAUAAGCACCUUAAUUGUGGUCUAGAAAGCAAUCAUAUCAUUCACAAAACUAGCUAGUGGAAGGGACUAUAGGGAACAUCUACUCCAACCACUUUGUUUUGGAAAGGAGGAAGGAAAGGCUCAGAAAAGGUAAAUGGUUUGUCCAGGAUCAUACAAUUUCAGAGUUAGGAGAGAAAUUAAAUCUUGACUAAACAUCUGGAGUUUUCAAGUCUUAGGGAACAAACAUAUUACCAUCCCCAUGAUUGUUUAGUUCCUAUUACACUCUGAUUCUUUUUUUCCUGGGCUGAUGAAAUGAGUUAUGUCAAUGGCCCGAAGAAGCAUUUACGGAGGGACCAACAUGGAUGUCACAGCCAUCCCUCUUCUAUGGUUUAAAAAAAAAAAAGGCUGUAUAUGGAACAGCAAUCAAGGGGUAGAUGAAGCCAAGGUGACGAUAAAGAUCUUUUGAAAUAAAAAAAGAUUUUUACAUAUAAAAAAGGCAACAAAUAAAAUACAAAAGAUUAUUAAAAAGAUUACAAAUGACAUUACAAAAGAUUACAAAUAAAAAAGAUUUUUUGUUUUUGUUCACCACACACACAGCCAGUUUGAUACUCCAACUGCAUUUCUGAAAUUGGUAGAGUUGGUUUGUUAGUUCUUGAAUCUUAGUGGCUGGAAAGGACUCCAUCCAUUCUACCUUUCUUGGUACAGAUUUGAGUCUCAGUUAUUUCGGACAGAAGCAGGUCCAUCACAAAUAGUAAAGAGGGAUUCUGGCUGUCUGGGAAAAGACUUUAUGGGAUUUCCUACAUUGUCCAUAGUCCACAGUCUGCACUGAAUUUGCUUGUAGGCAUGACAUAGAUCUGCACAUCCUUCUGGAAGUAAAUAGUUUGAUAUUAGAAACUGAAGUCAGUUCUUUCUGGGUGACAUGCAGAUCUUUGUUGAGCCUUACUUCUUUCAGCACAGAAACCGAGUGUCUGAAUUAUGCUGGGACUAGAGCAGAGAAAGUAAGGAAUGUGUCUGUCACAAAGGGAAUUACACUGGACAAAUUCUAACAUAAAGGAGGCUAAUUCUGAUGACAGAACAUCAAUAUUCCCCUCCCUUCCCCCAAAUUAAUGGAAUCAGGGCUCUCUUCAAAAGGGAAUAGGUUUCAAAGUGAUUGUCUUUACCUCUCUGAUACUGUUUCUUUCUAUCAGAAGCAGUUUGGGGGGAGAAAAGCCAUAAUCAUCACUUAAAAAAUCAGGAAGGAGCUGGUAGAACAUGGUUCAGCAAACACAUUUAUUUACAUGUCUAUUGAGCCUUCUCAGGAAAGUACCUAGACCCUUUUGAAGAGUCAAGAUUUUUCAUGAGAGCCAUUUAAAAAAAUCAGGGUAGCCUGAGUUAACACAUAAAUAGUGUUGUAUUACAAGGUGACCUUAUAGAACAAUGUGCCUCCAAACUCUGGCCAGAGCAUUAGAGGUGACGUAACACCAUUUUAAUCGUUCCCCAUACUUCUCUUCUUCCAUCCCUUUUUUCUUUUCUCCUUCCAUUCUUCCUUCUCUCCUCUCUUCCUCUCUC